GAAAUCACCAUCCCGAAGCUGCGAGAAGGGGGGAAGAGAGCAUCCUGCAUUCAGUUGUGUGCCUUGUGGGGAUUUUUUAAAAAAUCAUUAUUUUUAAAGAAACAUUUCCGUGGUACUGCGUGUCAUCGUCUCUGGAGAAAUCAGGCAGAACCACCGUAACGUAACAAACCAGACGAGGGAGGCAGGAGCGGAGGCAGUACCUGCAGCGCCCGGGCACCAGAGCCACCUUGGAACAGGAACGCGUCUCCCGCGGCCGCGGGGCUGCGGCUCCGCCAAACUUUGGGGCGGCGGGGCGGGCUGGGGUGACGAAGGGGCUCUUUAGACCGAGGGCGGCCCCCUAACCAUGAUGUUUCGCGACCAGGUCGGGGUGCUGGCGGGCUGGUUUAAGGGCUGGAACGAGUGCGAGCAGACUGUUGCGCUGCUGUCGCUGCUCAAGCGCGUGAGCCAAACCCAGGCCCGCUUCCUCCAGCUCUGCCUGGAGCACUCGCUGGCCGACUGCGCAGAGCUGCACGUCCUCGAAGGCGAGGCCAACAGUCCCGGAAUCAUUAACCAAUGGCAACAGGAAUCCAAGGAUAAAGUGAUUUCCCUCCUGUUAACUCACCUGCCUUUGCUGAAGCCAGGAAACCUCGACGCAAAAGUAGAGUAUAUGAAACUGCUGCCCAAAAUCCUGGCCCACUCUAUUGAACACAACCAGCACAUCGAGGAAAGCAGACAGCUGCUGUCCUAUGCAUUGAUACAUCCGGCCACUUCGUUGGAAGACCGCAGUGCUUUAGCCAUGUGGCUGAACCACUUGGAAGACCGUACAUCGACCAGCUUCAGUGGCCAGAACCGAGGCCACUCGGACUCUGUGGAUUAUGGGCAGACACACUACUAUCACCAAAGACAGAACUCCGACGACAAGCUCAACGGGUGGCAGAACUCUCGGGAUUCUGGGAUUUGCAUCAACACCUCCAACUGGCAGGACAAGAGCCUGGGAUGUGAGAAUGGCCAUGUGCCCCUCUACUCCUCUUCCUCCGUCCCCACCACAAUCAAUACAAUUGGAACCAGCACAAGUACAAUUCUCUCAGGCCAGGCACAUCACAGCCCUUUGAAACGAUCUGUGUCCCUUACCCCACCCAUGAAUGUGCCAAACCAGCCUCUAGGACAUGGAUGGAUGUCUCAUGAGGACUUACGAGCUAGAGGACCCCAGUGCCUCCCUUCCGAUCAUGCCCCCCUGUCUCCACAAAGCAGUGUAGCCUCUUCAGGAAGUGGUGGGAGUGAACACUUAGAAGAUCAGACUACUGCUCGUAACACAUUCCAAGAAGAAGGUAGUGGUAUGAAAGAUGUUCCAGCCUGGUUGAAAAGCCUCCGCCUGCACAAGUAUGCUGCGCUUUUCUCCCAGAUGACCUAUGAGGAAAUGAUGGCCCUCACUGAAUGCCAGCUGGAGGCUCAGAAUGUUACCAAAGGUGCAAGACACAAAAUUGUCAUCAGUAUUCAGAAGCUCAAAGAAAGACAAAAUCUACUGAAGUCUCUGGAAAGGGACAUCAUCGAAGGGGGCAACCUGCGCACCCCACUCCAGGAACUGCACCAGAUGAUCCUGACACCCAUCAAGGCCUACAGCUCCCCGAGCACCACCCCGGAGGCCCGCCGCCGCGAGCCCCAAGGCCCGCACCAGCCUUCGCUGAUGGGCCCUGAGAGCCAGAGUCCUGACUGCAAAGACAGUGCUGUGGCCCCCGGCGCCACGGCCACCACCUCAGCCGGGGCCAGUGGCGGGCUCCAGCCUCACCAGCUGAGCAGCUGUGACGGGGAACUGGCUGUCGCCCCCCUGCCGGAGGGGGAUCUCCCCGGGCAGUUCACACGUGUCAUGGGCAAAGUGUGUACACAGCUCUUGGUCUCCAGACCUGAUGAGGAAAAUAUAAGUUCCUAUUUACAGCUCAUAGACAAGUGUCUCAUUCAUGAGGCAUUUACAGAGACACAGAAAAAAAGAUUGUUGUCAUGGAAACAGCAGGUGCAGAAGCUCUUUCGGUCUUUCCCUCGGAAAACCCUUCUAGACAUAUCAGGAUAUCGACAGCAGAGAAAUCGCGGCUUUGGGCAGUCCAAUUCCCUCCCAACAGCCAGCUCUGUGGGCAGCAGCAUGGGCAGACGGAACCCACGCCAGUACCAGAUCCCGUCUCGGAAUAUCCCUUCUGCCCGGCUUGGCCUCUUGGGCACCAGUGGAUUCGUCACUUCCAACCAGCGUAACCCCGCAGCCAACCCUACCAUCAUGAAACAAGGAAGACAGAACCUCUGGUUUGCCAACCCUGGGGGCAGCAACAGUAUGCCAAGCCGAACCCACAGCUCCGUCCAGAGGACCCGCUCGCUGCCUGUGCACACUUCUCCGCAGAACAUGCUGAUGUUCCAGCAGCCAGAAUUCCAGCUUCCCGUGACUGAACCUGACAUCAACAACAGGCUGGAGUCCUUGUGCCUCAGUAUGACCGAACACGCCCUGGGAGAUGGAGUUGACCGGACCUCCACAAUCUAGAAGCUGAAGGUGAGAGUGACAGCGCUGGCCGUGAAAUCGACUGCUGCGGGUCCAGUGUCAGCCAUCUUCAGGGUUGCACAGAAUCCUUCAAGAUCCUCUGCAGCCUUUUUUUUCCUGGUCCUUCUCCCAUUUUGAUUUUGUGAGAGUGUAGGUCGUCCUUGUAAACAUAUCAGUAGACCUGGGAUUGGUUGUUUUGUCAUUUCUUUCUGUCAUGGGAUGGUUUGGUGUGUGGGGUGGGGAGGGGUCUCUAGGGAAACAUGAGAUGGGGAGGAGGGCCAAGAGAUGGGGUACAAGCAACUCCCUGGAUGGAAUAUAAAGAGAGAGAGAAAGAAUACCACUAUGAAAGUACAAGAGAGAGGAAGGAGGCAGAAGCCCCAGGCCCUGGGACCCUUCUCAGAAAGCCUGGUUUCCCAGUCAGGCCACAGAAGGAUAUCGUGGAUACGUAUGACCAAAAGCAAGAUGGAGGCUCACCUCUUUCUGUCUCCCACUGAUUGAAUCUCCUUGAGGCCCCUGCUUGAAACAGAACUGCAGGAGAGGGCCACAUGGCAAUGGGGCAAGAAGGAAAAAAUUCCCUCCAACAAAAUUUCAGAUAAACUUUGAUUUGUGUAUUGUUUACAUAACAAUUUUAAAGGGUACAUAAUGUGUACAGAGUUUGGGUAGAACUUCUCUUCAUACUAUUGCUUUUGUAAAGAUUUCUCAUUGAUAUGGAUUCAUUUGUUUCCUCUAUUUUUAUAAUAGCAGCAGGGUUGUCUGUUAGAAUGGCUGCCAAGCUCUGCUUCUUGGGAAGAUGGAUGCAGUCACGUAGGCCCGAGUUGUCUGUCUGGAACCUUUAGCUGGGAGGAGGGUGUAGGCGGGUUUGAAGGACAAGGAUGUGGUCAGAGUGGACAGCAUUGCGCAAGGGUACAAAGAGAUGGCAUCAUGUGGUCAGUUAUGGGUUUGCUGUCAGGUCGCCCAGAGAUUCUACAAGAAUCUUGCUGCCCCUGUCUGUGCUGGAUUUGCUUCUCACCUGGAGAUUUCACUUCCUGUCCCCUUCCCCCCAACUCCCAGCCUUGUUCCACAUACACACAGGCUGGUACAAGUUCCACUGGAGGAGAAAAGGGGAGAACAGACAUUUUUCCUUUAUGAGAGGCCAGAUACCCAGAGAAUGAGCUCAAAAUACUUCUCACAGUGGGGGUGCUCUCGGGCACCUGAGCCUGGAGGCUGCAUCCCCUUCACUGGUCACUGCUGAGGAAGAGGAGGAGAGAAAGGCCUAGUGAGAGUGCAUGAUGGUCAGUCAGCAAGUGUCAGAGUGAGUGUGCAAGUGCAGGGGGAUGAUUGGCCCAGGUGGCCCAGCCCUACCCUCCCAGGUGGGCAGCAAAAGGAGAUGCAGGAAAGGUGAACACGGGGAAAGGUGAACUUGGUGAUGGAAACUACAGGUCCACCCACACAGAAUAAGUCAGGGAUUUCCCGUGGUCUUGUCUGGUCUCCCUGUUCACACAGAAGGGAGGAAAAAAACAGUCGUUACCCUGGUGAGAGAUUAACAAACUAUGGUACCACCAAGUAAUAGCCUCAUUUCUUAAGGGCAAGAAAGACUGCGUUUCAGGAUUUGAUAUAGGGAGGGUAUUAGAGGAAAUCAAACGGGAGCUGUGCUCUGCCCUGGAAAACUAAACUAGGUUGUGUAAAUGAUGGUGGGGAUGCUUAGCCAGAGGCAACAUCAGGCAGGCGGUGUAAGGCCUGCUUAUUAAAUGGGCCAGUCUGAUGCCGUGUGUGUGUGUGUGUGUGUGUGUGUGUGUGUGUGUGUGUGUGUGUGAAGCUAGAGUCAAAGUGAAGAGAUCAGACCAUGCACAUCACUGUGCUUGCUUAUGGUCAUUAAAAAAAAAAAAAUUAAUGAAGCAAGUAUGGAUUUAAAAGGCUUUAUGAAAUCCAAACAGCUUUCUUUUACUUUCAAGAGUAAAAAUAUACACCCAACCCUGGCCUUGGAUGUUUUAACAGGCUUUUGAAAUUCUCUUGCAACCUGAAGAGGUGGGAACCUUCACCAUAGUCUUUAGCUGGCAAAGAAGGUUUCUUUGAGUCCACAGUUUCAUGCAUUGCAUCGCUAAGGGGACAGGUCGCUCCCUGGGUGACUAAAAUUCUAAAAAAGCAAAUCCAUGCGCAGAAAGAGGCAGUGUUUUUUAGUUGACUUUUUUUUUUUUCCUAACAAAGUGCCAUUACCAGUCUUCCUUCCCACCCCUUUUCUAAGCAAACUCAGUGUUACUUACUUGGGGGAUGUGUUGGGAUGGACGAUCACAUGCAAGGCAGAGAGAACAGAUCAAAGAUGUUGAAGGCCAAAGGUAAGACCAGAAGGUUUGGGAAUGUGAUUUUUGGAUGCUAAGGAAGUGAAAGCAGAAGAGAAAAGACAAUGAUAUUGCAUGGCUCGCUGAGAAAUGAGAAAGCGUUGAGCCCUGCUGCACCUUGAACACAUAUAUCCAUAGACUCGUGUUGUUCAGAGAACAGAUUGUGAACACAAUCACAUUAGCAUGAAUCCUUUAAAAGGAAGAAGACCUUAAAGUAUUUGCAGAUCUGAAUUUCUAUUUAUUCCUUCACUGAAUAUAGAAACAAUGGCUAUCUGAUUAUUAGAGAUAUUAUUUUGGAUAUGUUACUUAUUAACUUGCUAUGGCUGGUAACCAUGAUAAAGUCUGUUAUUAAUGACAACAUAAUUCUUUUUUUAAAAAAAGAAAAAGAAAAGCUUAUUUUUUAUCAACCGUGUAUAGAUUUAUCUACUUAGUUGUGUUUUGCUAUUAGUGUUUUUUUUUUUGUUUGUUUGUUUUUGAGUGUUCUGAUAAAUUUUAGGAGCCUGUCCCCACGCUGUUUUGAGUCCUGUGUUGACUGCAGGUAUAUAGCUCAACUUAAAAACCCUAAGGCAGAAGAAGUCUAUUUAUAAAAGAAUCAAACUGUUGCAUGCGAAAGGCUGUGAGGUUGGAUAUUUAGUACUAAAGCGGCAGUGCCUUUUUUUUGUAUUUACACAUCGACCCCCAAAUGCAACUGUUUUAUAUUCAGUAAAUAGUAACGACUUAAAAAUCUCAGAGUAAAAACUAUUUCACUACACUUUUUUUUCCCUUGUUCUGAUUUAAGCCGUGUAUUCUUGGCACCUCCACACUGUCUGGAGACAGUGUUCUACAAUGUUAUUAUCAAGUAUGAUGUUUUAUUGGUGCUUUUUAUUCAUAGUGGUUUCUUACCAGAAACAGUAGGAAGAAACACACAAACUGUGUACAAGAAAUGAAACAUUGCUGCUGAUAUGUUUUUUUCCACAUGCUUUUGAGUUUUGCUUUUUUAAAUGAGGGCCAGCAAGCAAAAUAGACGACGCUGGACCUGCCUGCUGAGGGUGGCUGUUUGCACCACGCUCUCAAAUCCUGUGUAUGGAUGGUCCCCUUUGGGUACCCAGGAUUGGAGCUACAGCUGAUCCCCCUCUCUCCUUUGUUUGAAGAGACACUGAGGGAAACAAGGUUUUCUUUUGAGGUGUCCUUGGCUGCCUUUUUUUUUGGAGUGGGAGCCUCCUCCAAGUCCUUUGUUCUUCUGUACCUCUUGUAGCUUCUGUCGGUGCAAAGUUUGUAGAUCGGCAUUCUCCAGUAAAAUCGGGAGCCCACCAAGAGUGGGGCUGGGGGGCUGCAUGGGGCAGCAACGGUAAAAAAAGGCGGGCCCCAGUCUCGUUGGCCUUCUAGAGAUGUCUGCAGCCGGCAGCCCCAGUUUGGGUGCGGGGAAGCAGCCUAACCCAGACGCUCAGGUGUGCCUGUUACAAGAAGGACCUGAGGAAGGAUCAUUUGCACAUGGGGCUGUGAUAACACUAUUGUUGAUUUUUUUUUUUUUACAAGUCAUCAGAGAUGUUUGCAAAGUGAGUUUGUUUGUUUGUAUUCCUCUAUCUUGACUUAAAGGUGAAUGUGUAUUCCUCUGGGAGGAAUAGGAAGAAACAGGAAUGUUAAUAAUGUCCCACAGAAGACUUCCUCCCUUAUUAAUAUCUAACCCUCCUGUAUUUAUGCCUAAUGUAAGCCGACUUUUAAAAAGCUUCCUUUUGUUGCAUGCCCUGUGCAGGCAUCCCUAUUGUACAUGCAUGCCUUUCGUCCUGUUUUCCUGUAUAAAGUUAGUGAACAAAGAAAUAUUUUUGCCUAGUUCAUGUUGCUAAGCGAUGCAUAUUUUUUAAAUUUGUCAUAUAUGGAAAUAGCAUGUUUGUUACAUGUAAGAGCUUUACUGAUAUACAGAUAUACUAAUGUUUGAAGAUGCUGUUCUUUGCAAGUGUACAGUUUUCAAAUGUUAUUACCAGUGAAACACCCUUGUGGUUUAAACUUGCUACAAUGUAUUUAUUACUCAUUUCCUCCCAUGUAACUAAGAAUCAUGGCUAUAUUUCAUAUCGACGUUAUAUUGGAAGUGAAGGGAAAUGAUUAAUACAAGGUUUUGUAACACUGG